AUGGAGUACUCAGCAACACAACGCGUCGCUAUCCUUGGCGCGGGAGCCAGUGGUAUAUUCUCGGCGGCCCAUCUCAUCGCCAGCGGUAUCGAGGUUGAAGUGUUCGAGCGCAAUGCUGCCCCUGGUGGCGUAUGGCUUUAUGAUGAAAGGCCAGCUCUUCCCCCGCCGUUCCCGUCUAUAAAGGCGUCCAAGGCAGAUGCACCAUUGGCGGCCUGCGAGGACGGCGAAGAUGUCACUCUCCGGCGUGCUCCACCAGGACCAUGUUAUCGGAAUCUCCGAACCAAUGUUCCCUCGCAGCUCAUGGCGGUUAAGCUGCUGGACAUGCCGCUGUCUACCCCUGAAUACGUGCCGCACGAGAGAGUCCUUGCCUACCUUCAGGAAAUCUACUUUAGAUAUGGAGUCGACAAAGCUACGACUUACGGAGCGCUGGUUGAGGAGGUUAAGAAGGUCGGGGAGAAAUGGGCAGUGGCAUGGACGACAUCGCAAAAGCACCACGCAAACGGCCAUCUCGAGGUAGAUCACACAUCGUAUUUCGAUGCGGUGGUGGUAGCGACGGGUCACUACCACGCCCCCCGUGUCCCUGACAUACCUGGCCUCUCGACGAUCGGGAAGCACUUUCCGUCGCGAGUGAUGCAUUCGAAACAAUACAGACGGCCGGAGGGUCUCAGCGACAAGGUGAAAAUUGCCCCCAAGAACUCAGAUGGGCCUGCCUAUGCUAACAUAGAGCAAUCCUGCAAGAAUGUCUUAAUUAUUGGCGGCGGCGUCUCGUCUAUUGACAUCGCCAAGGACAUGACCACGGCGCGGCAUAUAUACCAAAGCACAAGAAACAGCGGGUUUGACUUGGACGCUCGAAUGCUGCCCCAAAACGCAAGUCGCGUGGAUGAGGUGGUCUCUUUUGAAAUGCAAGACAGCGACCGUGUUCUGGGCGACGACGAGCCACUACCCGUCUCGGCGACAAUGUCCAAUGGGGAGACCCUACGCGGAAUAGACUCUAUCCUGUGCUGCACCGGAUAUCACAUUAGCCUGCCGUUUUUCCAGCAUCUCCAUGACGACGACAUGCGCCCGGAGGAUGCCGACGACGCCGUCCUGGUGACGGACGGCGCCCAGGUGCACAACCUCCACAAGGACAUUUUCUACAUUCCCGAUCCCACGCUCGCAUUCAUCGGGCUUCCAACCUACACUUUUACGCACUCCGUGUUUGACUUCCAGGCAAUCACCAUCGCCCACGUCUUCUCCGGCAUCGCCGACCUGCCGGGACGGGCGGAGGCGCGGGAGGAGUAUCUGGACAAGGUCAGGAAACUGGGGGUGGGCAGGAAGUUUCACUCACUUCUCAGCAAGGAGGAGGUUUAUGUGAAUGACCUCGUCUCGUGGAUGAACAAGGCGAGAAUUGGUCGGGGUUUGGCCCUGAUUGAUGGAUUUUCCGCAAACUGGUUCGCAGCAAAGGAUGCGCUGCGGAAGAGAUACCAGGAGCAGUCCAAGACGGGAGACUUUUCCUGA